AUGAAGCCUGCAAAGAAGGUAGAUAUUCGUGAUUAUCUCAAAAGGCAUCCUGACCUACGAGUUAAAGAUUUAGAUAAAGAGGCCUGGUACUGGAGCGAUUUUUCCAACCAAAAGAAUUUCAAUCCAAAAUUAUUUAACGAAAUACUCAAGUUUUGGUCAAAUGUCUUGGUUGAAACAAGUAAACGCGGCUGGUUGGGUGAAGAUAUUCUAUGUAUUAAUCGUGAAGGUUUAGAAGAAAUAUUUUCCGUGUAUAACGGGAUUUCUCCAGCAGGCUUAAAUUUUGAAGAUUAUCAUUCUUCCAUGUCAUCGAAUCAUUCUUGGUCAGGAUGGAUUUUACAUUCAUUAUUGUGGGGAUUACAAAAAGUGACGGGUUCUAAUAAUGUUUUAGAUGCGAAAAAAUUUGUAAUUAUGCCUACUUUAAAGGAGGCUGCAGAACACGUUCUUCAACAUCACGAGAAAAAUGCAAUCCAUGGAAUCACGGAUAACCUUUAUACUUUAACUUCAUUUAAGGCCGAGUACGCUUCCUUGGCUGUUCCAAACGUCGUAUUAUCAGAUACAGACCUUACGAUGUUGGUAUAUUAUCUAGAAUUUGAUCAAAGAAUGUUAAUUACAGAAGCUUGGCAUGGAACAUCAAGUGAGGAAAAAGAAGAUGAAAUUAUAAUUAAAAUACGAUCUAAAAAAGAAAAAUAUCUUUCCAAACUUGAAUUUACUAAAUCUGAUCGUGGAAUUAUUUGUAUUAAAGAAACGAGUAAGAAAUUACGUAAACAAGUCGAAGAUGUCGAAAAUAAAAUGGCAGACUUGAAUAAGAAGAUAACUGGAUAUUUAAUUCGUAAACAAAAAGUGCAAGCGAAAUAUUCUUUAAGACAAAAAAAGAAUCUUGAACAUAUCUUAUCAAAAAGAAUGGGUUCUUUGGAUGCAAUCGAGGGAGUUCUUUUGAAAAUUCAAGGAGCUGCAAGUGAUACUGAAAUCAUAGAUAUGUAUGGUUUAGGAGCAGAUGCUUUGAAAGGUGUUUUGGCCUCCGAAGGAAUAACUACUGAAUCUGUGGAUGCUACAAUGGAUAAACUACAGGAUGCCCUUGCAGAUCAAAAAGAAAUAGAUGAUGCAAUGAAAGUGAAUCAGACUUUGAUCGAAGCAUCACUUGAAAUAGAUGAAGAAUUAGAGAAAGAACUAGAGGCAUUAUUGGAGGAAGAGGAGUCCAUUAAAUCAACACCAACGAAACAACCAGUGCUUCAACCGGUCACAGAUACUACUGUGUCUCAACCAAUUGAGGAAUCUACAGAGAAGAAUGUUAUUGAUAAAGAACUGGAGGAACUAGAAAUGAUGUUUUCAGAAAUGGAAGCUGCACCUCAACAUACUCCUAGAAUUAUUGAUAGUAAUUCACAAAAGGAAGAAAUAAUGCUUACUUCGGAAUGA